AUGACGUGGUUCAAUGGUUUAAGGGAAAAUUCUAUUGAUUUCUUUAAGAAACUCACCUGGGCCUUUGGUGCUCGCUUUAUCACUUGUAGCAGGGUUUCUCGGCCUUUGGGAUCCUCGUUAUCUAUGUCCAUGCGGGAGGGGGAAACUCUGAAGGCCUACUCAGAUAGGUACUGGGAGAUGUUUGAUGAAAUAGAUGGAGACUAUGACAAUGUGGCUAUUAGUACUUUCAAGGCUGGCCUCCCAGCCGAGCAUGACCUGAGGAAGUCUUUGACUGGUAAGCCUGUUACCAGUGUGCGCCAACUUAUGGAUCGUAUUGAUAAGUACAGAAUGGUAGAUGAAGACCAAAUACAGGGCAAAGGAAUGGCUAAGGUGAUCCCUCAAGAGAUGAGGGAUUCCAGGUCGGACCGUUAUAUUAAUAACCAACCUCGGAAAGAUUUUGUCAAACAGACAGGAUCUGCCAACACCCAGGUGGUUAAUGUCGUGUUUCGAGAACCAGUACAACAGGUUUUGAAAAAGAUUAAAAACAAGCCAUUCUUUAAAUAG